AUGUGCCCUGUCUGUUCGGCCAUGCGCCCAUGCCCCUGUCACCACACGCCCAUGCGCCCUCUCUGUGCGCCCCUGCGCCCAUAUCCCUGCGCCCAUAUCCCUGCGCCCAUAUCCCUGCGCCCAUAUCCCUGCGCCCAUAUCCCUGCGCCCAUAUCCCUGCGCCCAUAUCCCUGCGCCCAUAUCCCUGCGCCCAUAUUCCUGCGCCCAUAUCCCUGCGCCCAUAUCCCUGCGCCCAUAUCCCUGCGCCCAUAUCCCUGCGCCCAUAUCCCUGCGCCCAUACCCCUGCGCCCAUAUCCCUGCGCCCAUACCCCUGCGCCCAUGUCCCUGCGCCCAUACCCCUGCGCCGUGUCUGUGCGCCCAGGCGACGACCAUAGGCAUCACGGGGGCAUAUACAGCGACGCAGGGUGUGCAGCGGCGGGAGUGGUGGAUCACAGCGUGGUGGUGAUGGGCUACAGCAUCACGGCUGACAGCGCAUUCUGGAUCCUCCGCAACUCCUGGGGGGGCACGUGGGGCAUGCAGGGUUACAUGCAAAUGGCCUUUGAGGGAGGCGUUGGCAUCUGUGGCAUUCACUCAGUGCCGGCCCUCUACUCCAUCAUUAAGACUGACGUGUGCAGCCUGCAGGAUGACAAUCCCUGUGCGGUCGGCACGUGCAUCAACGACAAUGCGGGCGGCUUCUUUUGUCUCUGUCCGCCGGGAUUUGACCAGGGGUACCGGCCCAAUGGCGCUUACACAUGCGUCCCAAGCUGUACUUCGUGUGCGCGUCCAAGCAAGGGACAGGCUGCACGGCGAAGAAGACGGAAGACCGCGUGGCUGGAGAGGCCCGGCACCGCCGCUCAACCAGCAUUCCCUCACACAGGCAUCAAGGCGCAACUGGUGCAUUGCAGAGGCAUCAAGGCGCAACUGGUGCAUUGCAGAGGCAUCAAGGCGCAACUGGUGCAUUGCAGAGGCAUCAAGGCGCAACUGGUGCAUUGCAGAGGCAUCAAGGCGCAACUGGUGCAUUGCAGAGGCAUCAAGGCGCAACUGGUGCAUUGCAGAGCCUUCCCUCACACAGCCAUCAAGGCGCAACUGGUGCAUUGCAGAGGCAUCAAGGCGCAACUGGUGCAUUGCAGAGGCAUCAAGGCGCAACUGGUGCAUUGCAGAGGCAUCAAGGCGCAACUGGUGCAUUGCAGAGGCAUCAAGGCGCAACUGGUGCAUUGCAGAGGCAUCAAGGCGCAACUGGUGCAUUGCAGAGGCAUCAAGGCGCAACUGGUGCAUUGCAGAGGCAUCAAGGCGCAACUGGUGCAUUGCAGAGGCAUCAAGGCGCAACUGGUGCAUUGCAGAGGCAUCAAGGCGCAACUGGUGCAUUGCAGAGGCAUCAAGGCGCAACUGGUGCAUUGCAGAGGCAUCAAGGCGCAACUGGUGCAUUGCAGAGGCAUCAAGGCGCAACUGGUGCAUUGCAGAGGCAUCAAGGCGCAACUGGUGCAUUGCAGAGGCAUCAAGGCGCAACUGGUGCAUUGCAGAGGCAUCAAGGCGCAACUGGUGCAUUGCAGAGGCAUCAAGGCGCAACUGGUGCAUUGCAGAGGCAUCAAGGCGCAACUGGUGCAUUGCAGAGGCAUCAAGGCGCAACUGGUGCAUUGCAGAGGCAUCAAGGCGCAACUGGUGCAUUGCAGAGGCAUCAAGGCGCAACUGGUGCAUUGCAGAGGCAUCAAGGCGCAACUGGUGCAUUGCAGAGGCAUCAAGGCGCAACUGGUGCAUUGCAGAGGCAUCAAGGCGCAACUGGUGCAUUGCAGAGGCAUCAAGGCGCAACUGGUGCAUUGCAGAGGCAUCAAGGCGCAACUGGUGCAUUGCAGAGGCAUCAAGGCGCAACUGGUGCAUUGCAGAGGCAUCAAGGCGCAACUGGUGCAUUGCAGAGGCAUCAAGGCGCAACUGGUGCAUUGCAGAGGCAUCAAGGCGCAACUGGUGCAUUGCAGAGGCAUCAAGGCGCAACUGGUGCAUUGCAGAGGCAUCAAGGCGCAACUGGUGCAUUGCAGAGGCAUCAAGGCGCAACUGGUGCAUUGCAGAGGCAUCAAGGCGCAACUGGUGCAUUGCAGAGGCAUCAAGGCGCAACUGGUGCAUUGCAGAGGCAUCAAGGCGCAACUGGUGCAUUGCAGAGGCAUCAAGGCGCAACUGGUGCAUUGCAGAGGCAUCAAGGCGCAACUGGUGCAUUGCAGAGGCAUCAAGGCGCAACUGGUGCAUUGCAGAGGCAUCAAGGCGCAACUGGUGCAUUGCAGAGGCAUCAAGGCGCAACUGGUGCAUUGCAGAGGCAUCAAGGCGCAACUGGUGCAUUGCAGAGGCAUCAAGGCGCAACUGGUGCAUUGCAGAGGCAUCAAGGCGCAACUGGUGCAUUGCAGAGGCAUCAAGGCGCAACUGGUGCAUUGCAGAGGCAUCAAGGCGCAACUGGUGCAUUGCAGAGGCAUCAAGGCGCAACUGGUGCAUUGCAGAGGCAUCAAGGCGCAACUGGUGCAUUGCAGAGGCAUCAAGGCGCAACUGGUGCAUUGCAGAGGCAUCAAGGCGCAACUGGUGCAUUGCAGAGGCAUCAAGGCGCAACUGGUGCAUUGCAGAGGCAUCAAGGCGCAACUGGUGCAUUGCAGAGGCAUCAAGGCGCAACUGGUGCAUUGCAGAGGCAUCAAGGCGCAACUGGUGCAUUGCAGAGGCAUCAAGGCGUUGGGACCACAACCAACUCAAAGGCCACAUUCAGAGCCGGCCCUGCUAGUACCAGAGAGGCGGUUGCAGCUGCUGAGGAGGAGACAGGCAGUGUGGAGAUGCCAAGGACUGAGAUGCGUGUGGUGGUGA